AUGGUUGGAGUGGAGGAAGAGUCUUGGGACUGCACCGUGUGCACCUACAAAAACUCCGCUGAAGCCUUUCGCUGUGAAAUGUGCCAAACGCGCAAAGGCACAUCGACACGCAAACCGAAAUUAAAUCGUCAAAUUGUUGAAGAACAGAGUUUGAUUGCACGUGCAAUUAUCAAGGAACGUCAGGAAGAAUCUGGAUCUGGCAUCGUUAGCUCAGAUGGAGUUGGGUCUCAGCGCCGUCGGCAUUCUCGACACGCAGCAGCCAAUUCGGCAGCUGGCAAUUCGUCGUCAGUAGUUGGGAACACAGCUAAAAACGGUGAAUUAUUACGUCCGGGGUCUUUGGUUAAUGUCGAUCGUUCGAGUCCUCUACUAUUUGAAAUAUUUGCCAACGGUUUCAGUGUGGUGAUCACAGAGUACCAUCCUAAAGUCUCCUCGCCUUCAACAACAGGGGGUGGUUGUAAACAGUCAUCCUCCUUGGCCGACAGCCCCGCUCCUUCUAAUUCCUCUUCAAUUCUAUCGAAUCUAAAGCUGCAUUACGCGAAGUUUCACUGUCAAUUGCGUUUUUGCCAUUAUCAGGGCUUCACUAGUACCCCGUUAGGGGUUAGCGUGAGUGGGGCCUCUCAUCCUGAUCUCCCUCGCAGCAACCAGUUCCCGUCUCCUACAUGUGCUGGCGGUAAUUAUUCCGCAGUAGAAGCCUCAGUUUCCUUAACCCACACUGCACCGGCCAGCAAGGAGGGCGGAGCAGAAAACGUCGACGAGGACUUGGAACCCGUUGGUGAGGCUGCUGUGCUAUCAGCCGCGACGACCAUAUCUACUUCUCCCUCUACUGCAACAAGUCUGAACGUGAUUACUUCUCUCGCGGAUAAUUCGGUUCCUUCUACACCUCCCCUCACACGAAAGAGACGUCGUAGGCGUCGGGUGAGGGGUGACUUUCGCGCCUCCAUUCCAUCCCGGUCGCUACGAAGCAGUGGGGCUUCUGCCGCCGCAUCCCGAAGUAGACAGGCCAGCCGGAUAGCUCGCGCAUCUCUUUAUCGCGCCGGCGGUUCGUCUCGGACUUAUAAGCGCCGAAAGCUUACUUCAGGUGCUGCCGUGGUCGCAGCGACUGCCACGCAGCCCUCCACCCCAAACGCCGAAAAUACCGCCUCAAUGACCGACAGUUGCGGCGCGGUGACUCUUGAAAUGCCUGCAACAAGUGCUACUUCGUGA